GGGGAGCUAGUCCGGCAUCGGGUAGGCUGCGGCGUUCCACAGGGGUCGGUUCUCGGCCCAAUCCUGUGGAACGUUAGUUUCGAUUGGCUCUUGAGAGCUCCCGUCCUUCCCGGGAUGGGGGUGCUCUGUUACGCGGACGACACCCUCAUCACGGCGACAGGGCGAGAUUUUGGGGACGCAGCCCGCUUGGCUGAAGUCGGAACUGCUCUCACCGUGGACCGGAUGGAAGCGCUGGGCCUGAGGGUCUCCAUUUCGAAAACGGAGGCUCUCCUUUUCCACGGUCCACGAAGGGGACCCCCUCGAGGGGCAAGUAUCACCGUCCAGGGGACGGUGAUCAAGGUGCAGGCCCAGAUGAAGUACCUGGGCCUGAUCCUGGACGGACGAUGGAGCUUCAGGCAGCAUUUCGCUCAACUCGGGCCGAAGCUCAUCAACGCCGCUGCCGCCCUGGGACGCCUCCUACCAAAUGUGGGAGGGCCGGGAUCGCUAUGUCGGCGACUAUAUGCCGGUGUAGUGAGGUCAAUGGCGCUGUACGGUGCCCCGAUUUGGAUAGACGCCCUCACCGCUGGCAAUCGGGCCCUCUUGCGGAAACCGCAGAGGGUCAUAGCAGUGAGAGGUAUAAGAGGGUACCGUACGGUGUCAUGGACUGCGGCGACACUUCUCGCGGGUGAUCCACCUUGGGAACUCCAAGCAGAGGUGCUCAGUCCUACACUUAAUGGCAUUAGAAAAGAUAGCACGCUACCAACAGUAUCAACAAAUAAUCAGCUCGCAUUCAAUACGACGAUGUGA